AUGCAAUUCAACGUCAAAAUCUAUUCCGACACCAGCACUACCAGNUGCUACAUAGGUCUCAAAACUCUGGAGAAAGCAAUCGACCUCUACCAAUGCACUUACCCCGAUGGCUCCAAAGACAUCUUCCACAUAACCUGGUCGCCAUUUUACCUCGAUCCCAACGCUCCAAUCCCAGGCAUCCUCGCAUCAACAAGAAUAACACAGAAAAACGGAGCCGACCGCGCAGAAGGAAUCAAGCUGCGAUUAGAACGUACAGGCAAAGCUCACGGUGUUGACUUUAGCUUUGCUGGCAAAGUCGGCAACACGAGAGAUUCUCAUAGACUCAUGUAUCUUGCGGGUCUAAAAGGCGAGGCUGUCCAGAUGGCACUGGCAAAAGAGAUGUUUCGCGUGCAUUUUGAGGGAGAUGCUGAUGUGAGUUCUCGUGAUGAUUUGUGGAAAGCUGCUAUUGCUGUUGGGAUUGGGGAAGGGGAGGUUGUGGCGUGGUUAGAAGGUGAUGAUGGUGGUAGAGAAGUUGAUGAGGAGGCACAGCGUGCUAGGGAUGAGGGAGUGACUUCCGUGCCGACUUUUGAGAUCAACGGCAGGCGACUGGAAGGUGCUGAAGAUCUUUCAGCGUUUUAUGACGUUUUCACAGAGCUCAAAGCUACCUCUGAGUAG